AUGCCUACAUACGGGCACGAGGAAGGGAACGAGGCAGAUGCCCCGGCUGACUUUGGGCUGACUAUAAACUCAGUGCAUGGUCGAGGAUUCGCCAGCCCUGUUCUCGCGAUGCCUUUUCAGCUGGUGGCCGCCCCUUAUCUCACACAACCUCUGAUUCGUCGUCUAGCAUUUGACUUUUCAUCAGAACAUACACAAAGGAUCCGUUCCCUCGGAUACAUAGUGUCUACAUUAAUCUGUUCCGUACAGAAUACAUAUACAUUGGCGGUCGUGACCUCCGUCUGCAUUAGGUGGCAUCCACUAUAUCCGAUUUGA